GCUGGGCUGCUCGCUUGAGAUUGUAAUGUUUCUUAUUGACAGCCCAUGAAGUACGUUUGUUCUGCGGAUCAGAUAAGGAAAGAAAGAGGAAGGCAUCUCCGGGACCACGUUUAACCUUGUGAUCAGCCCGACUGCCUGAAGGAAACUUUCGCUUCUCCUUUUUAUGAACAAACCUUUAUAACCGAGCGCCUCUUGUACUAGUUAGUGCAAAUAUGAUCGCGAUUCGCUUUUUUCUCCCUUUCAACAAACGGGUUGUUGUGACUAGGCCUUCAAUUGAAUCAAAUGUUUGUAUUUCUUCAAUGGAUGUAGGAACUUAAUGUCGGUCCACGGAUGUUGUUUAACUGUACAUGAAAUCCCCUUUCGCCAGGCUUUAAUGGAGCGGGUGCAAAAGCUGACUCAUUGAGGUCCGUCACUGGAGCUCAAGAGCACAAGCUCAACCACAAGAUCACCUGAUCUCAAACGAUGCAAGUCUACAACCGUCCAGUGAUCCUUGCUGUGUAUACUUUUCGUGGCAUGUCAACUGUAUUUCAAUUGGAGAACCAUAUUUCUGAACGAACAUCGUAGGUUUUCAGACCGUCCGGUACAAGAUCUCCAUGGGUUGAACCGUACCGCCAGAACUUCUUCAUCAUCAUCUUCAGGGUCAUCGCCACCGAGUGACGAUGAUCGGUUCCCCCGACCUCUUAGUCUUCAGAGGUGGGGAGGGCUUCGUGGAGGCCAGCCACCACCAGGACACAAUGCCAAACGAGCUGUCGCUCCCUCUGGUGGCCCCCUCCAACCCCUGGUCCACCGCAGCCCAGUUCCACAGAGACUUCAUACUGGUGGCUGAAUUCUCAGAGCAGGUGGGCCCCCAACCGGUGAUGACCAUCCCGGACGAUCCCCUGGUCCUGGGUUCCUUUGACCUCAACCACUUCUCCGUGCGCAUCAUGUCGGUGGACUACCAGGCGGCGUUCCCGGCCCCCGCCAACCCCUCCGCUUACCCCGGCCCGCGCAUCAACUUCACGGAGGACUCCCGGGUGGUGAUGGGCGACUCGGCCAACGGAGCCUUCGCCUACGUCCAGCACAUGACCCUGUACGACCUGGAGGCGCGGGGCUUCGUGCGGCCCUUCUGCAUGGCCUACGUGUCGUCGGACCAGGGCAAGCUGAUGGAGCGCUUCGGCGAGCUGUCGGCCUGCUUCACCCGGGCCUCGGACAGCCUGAAGACGGGCAACCGCCGCGCCUUCGCCAGCGAGCUGCAGAGGAAACUUCAGGAGCUUGAGUACACCCGAUUGAGUCUGCAGCAGGGGGCGGAGCUUCCGAACACCGCCGAGGGGACCCCCCACGUUGGCGAGACGGACGACGACGAGCUUGAGGCUCUGGAACGCUCCAUCCUGAACUACCGGGAACUCCUGCGACAGGUGUCGUCCUACCCCAACAGGAAGCUGAAGCAGCCCGGCUUCCUGCCCUACGACCCGACCGACCACCUCGCUGAUCCUUUCUCGCCGUUGCCCCCCAUGGCGGCGGCGGCCUAUCCCCCCGGCCCCACCUCCUCCGUCGCCAGGCUGGAGCGGCGGCUGAAGACCCUGGAAGAGCUCAGCGACGCCUACUUUGUGUCCGUCACCGUGGAGCAGCUGACGGACACGGAGCGCCGUCUCCGCGGCGACCGGAGCGCGCUGCACAACGCCCGCUUGAUACGCGACCUCUCCAGGAGGCUUCCGCUGACCAACUUCCUGUUUGAUCACUGGGAUCCAGACGAGGGCCAGAGGGAGCGAGAGCAGGAGGAGGAGGAGGAGAAGGAGGAGAAAGGACCGUGGCCGAGUCUGGAGAGAUUCUUCUCCUGCACGGAGGAGCCCCACCUCGGGCCUCGGGUGGAGACGGAGGGCAGGGGAUCCCCCGCCGCGGAGGAGAGGGGCGUGGCAGAGAUGGCGGGCAGCGUGAGCAGCGGGGACAGCAUCGAGGUGCUGGGAACGGAGAGGUCGUACCGGACCCAACAGGCCGUCACGGGGGAGGACCACAGAGAAACAGCCUUUGUGAGGAAUGAGCUCUGCUUCAGACACGCGCCGCCAGAAGCGGCGUGCAGCCAGCGUGUGCGUGCGUACGCAAUCCGCGGCAUCAGCGAGGACAGCAUCGAGGUCCUCAGUACCACCGACUCAAUCAUUAACCCGGAGGACCUGCAGGCCAUCACGGAGGAGGAUUCGGAGGACCAACCGACGCCGUACAGCAGCCUGGACCCGGAGCCACCGGUCCUGGGAGCAGGCGGUGAUGAGGGGGCAAACAGUUUCAGGGAUUUAAUGGAGCAGGUGACGAUCCUGCGGGACGAGCGCAAGGAACCGCGGCGGAACGUCAGGGACAGAGGGAAAUAUUUGUCCCUGCGAAUCGAGGGGGAUUCACUCCACAGAGGAGAGGGCUCCGCAGCCCAGGGAGAUACGGGGGCAGGCCAUAGUGCAGGGAGAGAGCCGGUGCGUGAAGACGUCAUGCCGGAGAUCACAGCCAUGCAUCAAGUUGCUGAAAGAGCAGUAGCAGUUCCCUCCAUGUCUCCGACCCGGCUCAGAGGUGAGACAAUGGCGUCGGACCACCACGUGAAGUUUUCCUUCAAUCUGCCGCUGAGCGCUGCGUGGCCGCCGCCGUGUACUCGGACCAGGACCUCGAGUGUCGACGAGGCGUCCCAAUCCACCAGCUCCUCAAAAUCACCUACCCAUACACCAGACGUCAACCUCCUCCUUAACCAGGGGAGAAAGAGAAAGGCCGGCCUCAGGGCUCUGAGAUUCAUCCAGCAGAACUCGUUUUCCCAGCAUGCCGUGUUUUGUCUGCUCAGUGGCCGGCCACUGAUAGUGAUUGGAGGAGAUGAGAGUCGUGUGAGGAAGUUGGUUUCGGCGCUCGCCCUGUUCCUGCCCGCACCCGGUCCAGAUAGGAACAAUGUGCUGCCUUUCUUAGCCAAGCCCCUUCAACUGACGGACCUGCUCACAUGGAGGCUCAUUGGCCUACAUAGAACUUCCUCUGCCACAUCAUUGGCUGUUCUCCACUCUCUGGCUCGAUACAGCCGUUACCUGGCCCUGCUGGACCUGGAUCAGAGGACGCUGCGUUGCCCGACCUACUCAGGCUCCCUGAUUGGCCGAAUAGCUAACCGUCACUCCAGCAUAUGCAGGGGCAGGACAUAUCUGCUCCACCUGGAGAGCUGCUUGACCGCCCUGGCCAAUCAGGCGUUGCUGUACACGUUUCAUCCAGUCUUUGGUCGUGACGGGGAUGAUAACGUUGGUGAUGGAGAAGCCCUGCUUCUGGCGCGCGGGUUCUGCAGCAGUGAGGACGAUCUGAGAGUGAUGCGUUUCCUGUCUGAUUUAAUCAAACAGUACCAUGCAGGGCGUGGCCCACCGGUCCUGAUUGUGUCUUACAGACCGACGCAGAUCCACAAACAUAUGACUGCGACAUAAUCAUGUUUUUCAAAUUUGAAAAGUAUUUUGAUAGACCAGACCCUUUUCACCCUGGCGUCAUUGUAGGAUAGCAAACUCCCCCAUGACAAUGAAAAAGCAGACUCGUUUUAAAAAAAAUAUGUAAGGAAUGCCACAAAUGUUCCUCUUAUAAACUAAAUUCACAUUUUAUUCUGCAAUAGAAAAAGCUGCAAUGUUUUAAAAUGUUUUUCACCCAUAUUGCUCCAUUACCUUUUUUUCAAUAUAUAACAGCUCAGGUGCAACACAGCAUUGGUUUGAACAUAACCACCACCAACAUGGCAGCUUUAGAAAAUAGAUGAGACGUUAACGUUAAGUUACACUUGAAAAAGAAGACUAUGAAUACACUUCAAACACCACCAAUGCAAAUCAAAUAAGCCACAAAAGUCUUCUGAAGCCGUCAUCACAUCCUGGUGUCCAUGUUGGCCGUGUUCCUAGCAUGAAUCCAUGCAGAGACAACUUUCUCCUAUACCAGAGUUCAAAUCUCCAGUCAAGUGUUGUAGGGAUUGUCAGCAACAGUGAGAGCAUGGAUAUGCUCAGUGGGAGGAUAUGAAGACAUUCAAGGGGUUCCAGAAGGAUGUAAAGAACAUGGUGAGGCAGUACAGACCGUUGAUUUCAACAACUGCUUAUGUACUACAGACAAAUCCACAAGGCACCUGUACACUCAGCCACUGGUACUUGAGAGGGUAGACCACGAUCCAUUGUUUCACCGCAGGUGAUCAGGUCUUGGGGAGGGAAAUAGACACAGCUUGGGUCAGUGAAGGGUACAUCUACUGUGGCCUGUGAACCUCUCAGCAACUCAAACCCUUUUCCAUCAAAACCCUGCCAAUGUGCUUUCAAAAUGUGACCCGUUAACCCACCUGUGGAAUUAUUUUAAUGCUUUAUAAAGAAAACAUUAAUUGAUGCAAAA